AGAUUAUUUUACUUAUCGUUAUCAAUACCAAGAACAUGAAGUCGAAUUUCAUAUCUGUAGGAAAAUCUUCCAAAAAACAGUAUUUAAGACCAAUGCCAUUCAAGAUCAGUCGCAAUUAAGUCAAGAUCGCGGUUAAAAAGAUGAACAUUAAAUAUCAGUUCCUAAUAAUAAUUAUUGCUAUUCUCAGUCAGUUGGGUAGCGCAAGUAAAUUCAACGUUAGCUUAUCACAAUUCGAACCAUGUGAUAUGUACAACUUGCGAGGUGCACUUAAUAGGUUUGAAGAUUACUUCGAAGUUAGUUCUAUGAAACAAAAUUUAAAAAAAGAGAACGAGCGAUUACAUUUGAAAUUUUACGUUAUGGCUAACCACGCUUCCAACAUAUUGCUUGUAGAAAAGAAUAAUUUCACUUGGAGUGAUAAAAAUUGUGGUCGUGCUUAUAAAAUCGUUCUUGGGGAUCCUAUGCAUCCUUCUUUAAUUUUGAAUAAUCCAGUGCCAGGACUUACAGCUUUUAAACGCGAAGAAAAGUUGACUCCAUACAUCUUACCUACUUCUGAUCCACUACCAGUUGAAAUAAUACAAACCAAUCGUAAAAAUGGUGAACUUAUUGUAAAUAUACCCGGUUAUGCAGAACCCCUUAUGAAAUAUUUGGAUCCACAUCCCGUGAAUAUUAAGAGUUUUAGCCUUGGUACCUUUGGGGAAAAGCCAGCUAAAUGGUUCUUCAACUGUCACUUCGAUGAAAAUUCCAACAAAGAGGCCCAAAAUAUGUGUCAUUGUGGAGUUAAAAAUGUCAGCAGUAUUAAGUCAUUAGCAGCUACAAAAUUAAAACAAGAACAUUGUGUUAAAAAACAGACGAACUCGAAAGAAAAAAACAAUGGAGAUCAAUUAUUAUUGACUUCAAAGUUGUUAUCAGCCAUAUAUUCUAGUAUUACAAAAUUGACUUUAAAAUUAUCGGCCAUGGAUUCCCGUAUUACAAACCUCCCAGAUUAUUUUUUGACUGAUCUUGUUAAAAAACAAACAAACUACAAUGAAAAACACAAUGAAGAUCAUUUAUUAUUGACUUCAAAGUUAUCGGCCAUGGAUUCUCGUAUUACAAACUUGACAGAUUAUUUUUUGACUCAUCUUGUUAAAAAACAAACAAACUACAAUGAAAAACAGAAUGAAGAUCAUUUAUUAUUGACUUCAAAGUUAUCGGCCAUGGAUUAUCGUAUUACAAACUUGACAGAUUAUUUCUUGACUGAUCUUGUUAAAAAACAAACAAACUACAGUGAAAAAUACAAUGAAGAUCAAUUAUUAUUGACUUCAAAGUUAUCGGCCAUGGAUUCUCGUAUUACAAACUUGACAGAUUAUUUUUUGACUCAUCUUGUUAAAAAACAAACAAACUACAAUGAAAAACAGAAUGAAGAUCAUUUAUUAUUGACUUCAAAGUUAUCGGCCAUGAAUUCCCGUAUUACAAACCUCACAGAUUAUUUUUUGACUGAUCUUGUUAAAAAACAAACAAACUACAAUGAAAAACACAAUGAAGAUAAUUUAUUAUUGACUUCAAAGUUAUCGGCCAUGGAUUCUCGUAUUACAAACUUGACAGAUUAUUUUUUGACUGAUCUUGUUAAAAAACAAACAAACUACAGUGAAAAAUACAAUGAAGAACAAUUAUUAUUAUUGGCUUCAAAGUUGUCAGUAAUAGAAUCUCGUAUUACAAACUUAACAGAUUAUUUUUUAUCUGAUUGUGUUGAAACACAAACAAACUCCAAAGAGAAAAACAAUGAAGAUCAAUCAUUAACUUCAAAGUUAUUGUCCACAGAUCCUAACAUGAUAAAAUUGAUGGAAUAUUUUUUGUCUGGAACUGGACCCUUUAACAGACAUAAUUCAUUUUUUAAUGGCUUAGUUCCAACACUGAAUAAUUUUGAUGACGAUCAAGUCAUAGAGUUUCAACAGGGAGUUAUUGAGGUGAUGAAAAAAAUCAAAAACGGAAACACUCCAACAACUACAAAAAAAGCGAUACCGAAAAUAGAUGUACGGAGAGGAAAUGGUAUUUGAAGGAAAAGCUUCUCCAAUCAUUUUAAUUUUCUUUUUCUCCGAAACUUGGAAAGCUUUAUUAUGUCUUAUAUUUUUUGUUUGUGUAUACGAUUCGAUCAACUCUCGUAAAUUAAUUAAAUAAAUAUGUUUUGUUAAGAAUUUCCAAAUGGUA